GCUUCAGGAGCGCGUGAAUAACACCGAAUCUCAAGCGCGCGCCAAACAAACCGUGCGCGUUUCAAACUUUCAGUUUUUACACUUCCGGAAGACUAAAGGUAUACUUCAUCUUUGUAUAUGUCGUAAAGACUCAAACAUGAGCAUAUCAAAGUCAAAAAUUAAGAAAAUAUUUGGGAAGUCAAAGAGCUUCGAUAAGGAAAGCAGGGAUGCUGACAGGGCUGUGGGUCAGUGGGGCACUUCACCAGAAGACGACCGAGAGAGUUUCAGAGGUUCGGUCAUGACUUUACCGUCGAGCCCUGGAGAUGUCACCUCAUACCUGGACUCACUGCCCACCAGCCCCAGCGAGAAGAAGAAGAAACGCUUCCCGACCUGGAGGUCCAAAAAGAGGAAUAAAGAUAAAGAGUUUCUCACUAGUACCGGAGAACUGUUCAACCACAGGAGUUUUGAUCAGGUGAGCAUCCAAACAGAGACUAUGUGAUGACCGACACCUGCCCCACCCCUGUCCGCUCUCGGUCUAAUUCUACGCUAAGCCUGGAUCUCACAUCACUUCAAGAUCCAUCUUCUCCCAAACGCAAACACAGGAAGAGUUCUGAGGAGAAGGGUGGAGUUCUGAACCGCAUUGGAAGCUUUUUCACCCGGAAGAAAAAAAGCAGAACCACAUCGGAUGACAGGGAUGAAAAUUUGUCACCGGAGGCAAACAGCCCAACCAGGUACUCAGGAUCAGAUGAACUGAGACAGACUCGACACAGAGAGAUCGACGAUUCGGUGUUUGGGCCGGAGAAUAGAAGUCCCAGUUUGUGUAGCGUAGCCUCCAUUGUUGCAGAUGGAGGAGACUUGCCUUUUGCUGACAGCGGCAGUAGCGGACGAGGGAGUGUAAAAGAGGUGGAAGUGUUCAAGGUGAGCAGGGUUGAAACCUCCAGUGACAAGAAGACCGAGAAUCUGGUGAAGGAGGUGAACAAGAAGCUCAAGGUGUACCUGGAGGAGACAACAGAUACUACAAUAAAGAAAUGUGCAGACACUCCUAUACACACCCCUGACACGCCAAAGUCCUCCGCAGUCUCAAGCGGUACAGAGAGUAAAAAGACAGUUUUGAAAAAAAACAUCACAGGCGGUGGGAAUUACACAGCGUUGGUUGGGGUGACUCUGGGAUCACCAUCCAGAAACUCAUCAUCCUCUGAUAUUCAGCCUGGAGAACCGACAGAAACAGAAAGCAUGGGGAAGAAAAACAGCGGCAAACGAAAAUCACGCAAAAUAAGCAAUCAAGAAAGCAAUAAUGAGCUUCUUGCCCCAACGAAUACCACUUCCCCUGAGGCAGAGGAGAGGUCAGUGCAAUCAUCUCUCUCACCUGGUCAAGUACACAGAGCGGUGUGGGCGGAAACUCACCUGACAGAGGAGGAGAGUGAGAGCUCUAUUACUGACUCACUCUCUUCUACAGAACCUGCGCCGGCCAGCCCAGCCGAGAGUUAUUCUGCCCUCGGUGCAGCUCCUAGCAACACUCCUGCUCCUUCUCGAGCUGCACAGCAAGCCAUCUUCACCUUACAUGCUUCAAAAGACAGCACUGAACCACCAGAGGAGGAAACUCGAGACAGCUUUAUUCCUAAACGCCUGCAUGCUGAGAGCAAUGAAGAGAAACGCAGAAGCUUGAAACUGUCGAAGAGUGAGAAAGUCUUUGCUAAAAGAGUGUUUGUUGGUUCUCAGUCGAGCCUAGACGGGGAAGAACAAGUUGACACAGAGACUCAAAGUGAGACUAAUUUGGAUAUAACGCAGGACGUACGGCAGGUUAAGGUGAAAAUAUUACCAAACCCCAAAAGUGUGAAUGUCAAGCAGUCCAACCGACAGACAAACGAGUCAGUAGGAGAUUGUGCUGUUUUUGCCCAAGAGCAGCCUCUUGAUGAGGAUGUAGACAGCCCCUUUGAACUUUCAACAGAAAACAGAGACGCUACCAACUUUGGGGAGGAAUUUGAUUUCUCAGAAAUGCCUAUUAAUAAAGUACCAUUGAACACUGUGAUGAGCAGUCAUCUAAACUCAUCUAUGCUAUCCAAACGUACAGACAGAGCCACCAGUGGACCAAAUGGGGGAAUUAAAGCAAAGAGCCCUCCACCGCAAGUUGCCCCUAAAACAAAAUCUGUAAUGUCUCGCAUUAAAAGCCUCUCUGAGGCAUCAAAGAUAGAAGUGCCUCCAGUACGGAGGAUUUCGCAGAAGCAGACAGAUCAAAAAGAGAUUAAAUCGCCGACAGAAAAGGACCAAUCUGUUACAUUUAAUAAACCAAAUGAAAUCAAGACAGGAAUUCCCAAGAAAGCCACACCAGAGGUUCAAACAAAACCAAAGAAAGUGCUGGAGGUUGUUACAGUGUAUAGUGUUUCAACAGAAGCUGAAAGACAGAUGUCCACCAAACGUCAUAACGAGGCAGCAUCGAUAAGCCCAGAGCGGAAAAUGUCACCGACUAAGAGAUUGGAAGAGAGGGAUGUUUUGGAUGCCUCACUAACGACAAAAACUUCUCAACCCACUAAAGAACAGGUCAAUCUUUCAAAGACUAAAAGAGAAAGAAGUCUAAAACAUUCCCUGUCUGCGGAUAAAUCCCCAUCUUCCCCUUCUUCAUUGGAGAACUCUGGUUCAACAAAACCUAACACUGAAUUCAAAACAAUUAAAGAUAUCCAAAAGUCAAAAACACAACCAACAUUUGCCACUGACAGAAGUCCAACAUCAAAGAGUAGUUUUUCCUAUUCAAAGAGUAAAUUCAAAUCAGGUGACACUGGCAACAAAACCGAAACUAAACUUUCUCCCUCAGCGCCUGGCACAGACCAGUCAGAUCCGAAUAUUGAAAAGGAGAAGCCAGUGAACGAAACUCAGCUGAGCGGGCCAAAGAGUCCAAAAAAAUUAAUGACUGAUGUGUCACCAACAGGAAGGAAGCUGCCUCAAACGACGCCAUUGAGCCCUCAGAAACAGCCCUUGGAUAGAGAAGUUGCCCACGGAGAGAGUGAGUCACAUGAACCAGCCUCACUGCCACUUACCAAGCCAGAGAGAAAUGAGUCAUCACUGGUUAACAGUCCUGUUGCUGAUGGAAAAUCUUCCAAAUGUGAUCAAGCCGCUGGGAAUGCUGUGGUCAGGGUAUCGCCAGAGCUCAAAUUGAAAAGCCCUGUUAAAGAGGUGGAUGAUUUACAGUCACCAACUCCACGUCUCAAAAGUCCCACUAAACUCAAACCCAGGAAAGAUUUUAGGAAGGCAGAGCCACCUGCAACUUCAGAUUCAAAAACAGACAAAGGCAAUAAAACAACAAAUUUGUCUGUCACACCCACGGUUGCUUUGAAAUCUGACAAAGUAAAAAAUAUUUUGAAGCAAUCAAAAGCCAUUUCUGAAAGUGAAAAUUGUGAUGCUGCAGAGACCAAAGUCACACCAGAUGUGUCACUCUCAGAAAACAAUGAUUUACAAACCAAUCGACAGGCUGAAUCAAAUCCAUCAAUUUCAUCAGACCCACAUGUGCAAGUUGCAUCAGAUAAACAGCCAGAUAUUACUAAGACAGCUGAAAUUUCCACAACAUCCAAGAAAGCCCCUUCCGAAACAAAUGGGGAGAAAUCUGGUGCUGCUGAGAAAGUCACGCUGGAAGUGUCUUCGGAAAAGAAAGAUUCAAACUCAGAAAAGCAGACAGAGUCACAUCUACCAGUUUCACCAAACCUACAUGUCCAGGAUGUUCCAAAUAAGCAGUCAGUCAAAGAAAAGCCACUUACUGGGAAAGAGAAAUGUGGCCUUUUCAAGGAAAAUGAAAUUUCCUCAAUACCUGAGACGGACCAAUACAGAACCAGUGAUAUGAUCACUCAAAAUAUCGGCAAACAAUCAAAAGCCAAUUCUGAAAAGGGUGAAAAAUUUGGUGCUGCUGAAAACACAGUCAAAUUAGAUGGGUCGCUUUCAGAAAACCAAAAUUUGCAGUCCAUAAAACCACAGACUGAAUCAAAUAUACCAGAUUCAUCAGAGUCACAUGUCCAAAUUAUGCCAGAUAAGCAGUCAGAUGUUGACCCAGACAAGGUUCUCGGAUUCAAGAAAGAGACGUGUUCUCUGUCUAAGGCAGAUGAAAUUUCCAAAUUACCCAAGACAGCCAACCAAUCAAAAGCCUCUUUUGAAACGAAGGGUGAAAAAUCUGGGGCUACUGAAACCAAAGUGGAACUGGACGUGUUGCUUUCAGAAAAGAGUGAUUCACACUCAGAAAAACAAAAGACUGUGACAGAUGUACCAGUUUCAACAGAAUCACAUGUGCAACUUGCAUCUAAUGAGCUGCCAAAUGUUGUCAAAGAGAAGUCCCAUGCUGGGUUUGAGACAACCAGUCAUCUGAGUGGUCAAGAUACAGAGAAGUCUCGCUCUACUCAGGAACAAAUCAGUCAAGUAAUUUCAGAGGACUCAUCUGAAACAACCCAGAAGACUGAGACCAAAAAGCUCAGUGUGGAAAAUGUUGUGAAUUCAGAUUUAAAACAACCAAAGACAACUACAAAACUAGAUGAAAAGGUUAAAAGUGAAGAAGAGAGUGGCAAACACAAAGUAUUAGAGAAGCAACUGGUUCAGUCUGGAGACUCGCAUAAAACAAACCCAGAGUGUGUCAAACAGAAUGAAUUAAAUAAAUUGAAGCAAGUUGAUAAGACACCGGUAGCAGUGAUCACGGCUCCAGAGGCUGCUUCUAAACCUGUUCGAAAAGGUGAUCAGACUUUAGAUCAGCAACCUACAUCAGUUAAAAUAACAGAUAAACUGACUUCCAGAGUGGACAGAAAGAGUGAAGUCCAAAUUAAAAAUACACAGUCCAACCUGAAAGUCAAGGAUUUUGCAAAGCCUCACGAUAAAAUACCAGCUAUAAACUUACAAAAGCUGAAACCACCAACUGGCCAAAGUGUUCAUCGGUUUACUUCUCAGAAUCUUCCUUUGGACCCCAAAAGCCUCUCACAAAAUAGCAAGGCACCAUCUAGUUGGUUAGAUGUGGACCGAAGUUUUGAAAAGAAGAAAACAGAGAGACGUUUGGAUUGUUCUGCAAGUGAUGACCAUCAGCUUGACACUUCAGAUGACUUCGAUGAUUUCAUUCGUAACAUCAAGGAGAACUGCUCCCCAUUCUCUUUGCCACCAAGAAAACAUGGGCAGAACAAAAUACCGUCACCUCCUUUUGCCAUGCCUGCCAUUAAAGAAGAUCACUUUGAGAAGAUAUUUGACCCAGAACAGUUUCAGUUUGGGACAAGAAAAACUGCAGGACCUAAAGACCCCUCUCCAGCCAUGAUGAUCAAGAAGAAAAAUGAUGAGGCAAAAACCAACCCACCAUCCAAACGUUCUGAGGACAGCCUUCUUUAUAAAGGUCUCAGCUCUAGACGGGAACAAGACAAAGCUAAAAAGGUCACAGUCACUGAUGAGAAAACUGAUGGAGAAAAACAGAACACUGAAGUCUCUGGAAAAGUGUCCUCAAGAUUGGAAAGAAUGUCAAUAAUCUCAAACCUUGUGAAGUCCCCAAACAUGGCAAGAAAAGCCCGUACUGAACCAAGCUCUCUCAUUAAUGGCAUUCAGUCACCCAUAACGCCACCACCAGAGGCGGUGCCAUCCCCAGGAGAUCGAAAGGACAUACUGCUGUCCCAUGCUGUCACCUCUGCAAAAGAGGGGCUUGGUGAUUUGCCAGAUUCUGGCAGUGUAAAGGCAGGACCUGAUGAUUCAGUAAAGAGCCCAUCCACACCUCCACCUUUUCCAAGUUUCACAGAAGUCAAGCUACCUGACUUUUUGGAAAAGUAUAUGAAUAAAGGGAAAGAAGCGAACACCAUGAGCCAGCAAAGGCCUGACAUUGACUCUGUCCCUGCAUUGGAUUUAAGUCUCACUUCCAAUAAAUUGAACUCAAGCAUGGGACUGCAAGGCAUAUCAGGAUUAACAUCUCCAUCCAACAGCACUCAGCAGAUUCCACUGCCCACACCCACCAGUCUUUCACCAACAUACUCAGAGACAUCAGGUGUCAGAGGCUUCCACAGACGCCCUGGAAAGAUUGUGAUAUACCAACAACCUCAUUUUGGAGGAGAGGCAUAUGAAGUGUUCAGAGACGUAGAGGACGCCACCUCUCUAAACCUCUCUCCGCUUAUUUCCAUAAAGGUCAUUAGAGGAUGCUGGCUGCUGUACGAAAAGCCAGGCUUCCAGGGCCGGUCCAUCGCUCUGGAGGAGGGGCCAGUAGAGAUAGCAAAUGAGUGGGCGGAGACAGAGCCCAGUGGGGAAGUGGGGCCCAACGGCCUGCCACUCCCAACCACGCCCAUGGUUAUUGGCUCCAUUAGGCUUGCAUUAAGGGACUACAGCACACCAAAAAUCGACCUGUUCACAGAGCUGAAUGGGAUGGGCCGAGUGUCUUCAUUCUGUGAUGACACCAUAGAGACCUGUUCAUUUGGUAUUCCUCAGAGUACUGGGUCCAUUAAGGUUCACAGUGGAGUAUGGAUGGUCUUUAGUGACCCAGGUUUCCAGGGUCUUUUGGCUGUUUUGGAGGAAGGAGUGUAUCCCUUCCCUCAGGACUGGGGCUUUCCCACCGCCUUUGUUGGAUCACUGCGGCCCUUGAAAAUGGGUGAAAUUAAGGUGGAAAAUCCCAAUGAAAUUAAGGCGCUACUCUUUGAAAAACCAAUGUUUCAAGGGGAGUGCAUAGAGAUUGAAAAGGACAUUUACAACUUUGAUGAAGGAGAGGAAGAGAAAAAUGAAGAAAAUGAGACUGAGAGUCCUGACAGCACCAGGAAAAAGAGACUGAGUUCUGUUGGCUCACUGAAGAUCCUGAGUGGCCUCUGGGUAGGAUAUUCUGCACCAGGGUUCGAGGGUUGCCAGUAUCUUCUGGAGGAAGGAGAGUAUGCAGACUUCAGUGACUGGGGUGGACUGGAAGACAGGCUCCUCUCUAUACGUCCAGUGUUAGCAGAUUUUAUGACUCCUCACGUGAGAAUGUUUAGUGAGCGGGAUUUCAACGAGAGAGGGAUGAAUGUGGACCUGCUGGAACCUGUCAUUAGCAUGGAUACCACUGGCUUUGGCAUAAAGACACAAUCAGUGGAAGUCCUCUCUGGCGUGUGGAUAGCAUUCGAGAAGGCACGCUUCUCAGGCGAGCUGUACGUUUUAGAGAAGGGUCUCUACGGCAGUCCAGAGGACUGGGGAGCACACAACUGCAAGAUCUUGUCAAUUCAGCCUGUGAUUUUGGAACAAGCUGAAGGACUGUCCAGAUAUAAGGUGCAGUUGUUUGCUGAACCGGGGUUAAAGGGAGCAAUGCAGGCUUUAGAUGAAAGUUUGGCGUUCCUGCCAGAGGGCUUCCACCCCAUGUCCUGCAAAGUUUUGGCUGGAAGCUGGGUGGUGUUCGAUGGCCCACAGUUCACUGACAACAUGUAUGUACUGGAGGAAGGAGAAUACCCCAAUCCUGAGGCUCUGGGCUUACUCUACUCUGACUGCAAAAUCAGCUCCGUCCACACUGUAGGACAUGAGUUCUCUAUGCCCUCCAUCACACUCUUCUGUAAAUCCGGGUUUAGAGGACGUAAAGUAGUUCUGACCGAUGGCGUUUUGAACCUGUCUCUGGCUGGCAUUGAUGGGCGGGUCAACUCUCUAUUGGUCAAUGGAGGAAUCUGGGUGUUGUAUGAAUACAGCAACUUCCGUGGUCGUCAGGUCCUGCUCCAUCCCAGCGAGAUCGGUGAUUGGCAGAAGUUCAGAGGCUGGGAACAGAUUGGCUCUCUGCGUCCGUUACUACAGAAACGUGUUUAUUUCCGGCUGCGUAGUGCAGAUACGGGCUGCUUGAUGUCUCUUACUGGACCCCUGGAUGAUUUAAAGCUACUUCGGGUUCAAGUGCUGGAGGAAACUGGUGGUCCAGAGCAGAUAUGGGUCUAUGAGAACGGACUACUGCGCUGCAAGAUGGUGGAGGACUGUUGUGUGGAGACGUCUGGAGGUGUGGUGAUGGCAGGUGGCAGGUUGAAUAUCUCACCUGAACCAGGCAAAGACAAUCAGUUCUGGAGCAUCACAGGAGAUGGAAUCAUACGCAACAAUCUCAAGCCCGACCUUGUGCUGGAGGUUAAAGGUGGCCAACAGUAUGAUAAAAACCAGGUGAUUCUCAACGCCUUUGAUGAGCAGAAAACGAACCAGAGAUGGACUGUGGAAAUCCUUUAGUCAAAUCAGAGGCCUUUCUGUAACGCCUGCUAUUUAGCAGAAACCCUAAAUCAUUUGAGGCUCUUGUGCACUGACACGAUGAUGGGAAUCUAUACCCCAUAAAUGACUCUGAUGAGUCUCUGUCACUUAUGGGAUCAUUAUUCUCUGAUAAGAAUGUGUGCGGGACCAAAUCUUUUGAAAUCAUCCAUCUAGAUUACAGUUGUCUACAUGAGUGAUGUAUCUUUGGACAUUCAGCUGAAGUCCAUCGACUACUUCAAGGACCUUAAUGAGACCUGCCACAGUUUCAUCAUCUUUUGUGCUAGUACUUGUUACUCUCUGCAUUGGCCCAGAAACACAAAGUACUUUCCUGCUUGCAAUGCAUUGACAGUACCAAAGGGGGGUGCACUAGCAUCACAAUUUGAAUCUAGCUGCACUUUAGACAACCUUGUUCAUUUUUUGUGUCAGCAAAGAGUCAAGGUUAGUCUAGUUAGUAUGUCCCAGUUUACCCCUUGCCUGUCAUAACUACACUUUUUAGGCGCAAAAAGCACCUUCUUCCAUUUAUAAGUAGCUGUGUAUUCUGACUAAAUUAUUUUUUUGCAUAAAAUAUAUAAAUCAUAGAUAUUUCAUGUAGUCAUAUACUAAUAGUACUCAGUAUAGAUGUUUACUGGUGCCUUAAAAGCUUAAGGGCUCCUGAAAGCUUGAAAUAGGCUUUUUUCUUUGUCUGCAGCCUUUCACGUCACAUCUCAGGAUGGUUGCUAGUAAAGGGCUUGUGCCUUCAGCCAAUCAGCAGUCAAGACAUUAUUUUCUUGCGGCUCCAGAGUAAAUUAAUCACGUUAUUGUCUCAGAUAAUUGGCUCAAAGCAACCUGGCUGCAGAACUAAGCACUCGUGAGAAAAAACUGCACAUUUUAAAUUGCAUACUUCCAAGAGCUCCUGCACCAGAUGAGCAACUGCUGUUCAGAUGAAUGAGAAAAAAUACAGGUAUUAUAGACCUCACUGAAUGUAAGGCAACAUCUAUUCAUCUGCCAUUCAAACUCGCUGAAAGCAAAAUGUGGGAACUUGUUGACUCCUACAAUUUUACAGUUGCUGUACAAAGUAUUUUUUUAAUAUGUCAUAAUAUUCUGCAAAAUAAGUCUAAAAAGGACUAUUGCACAUGUUAGAACAUUCUAGAAACACUUCCUCCUAGCUGUGCUGAUCUGGCAUCAGUUGACUGUUCACACACUCACAUUCAUUUGAAAUGCAGCUGAUCCUUGAUCUGCUGUUCUGCUCUUUUCUCUCCAUUUUCUUUUACAAAGAUUUUUUGGUAGUUGUUUUUGUGUGUGUGUGUGUAUGUGUACAUUUUCUGAUGUGGUUAGUAAUCUGUUUUAGUUUUUGUGUGUCCAUGCCCAUAUUUCCAAAAUACACUGUUACAUUUAGAAUAAAACUUUUUUUAUUCUGUU